UUACUAAUGAUAUGCAGCCAUUUGGGCAGUAACAGCUAAGAGAAGUCCACUAAAACAUUUCCCUGUGCGCUGGAAAGAGCAAAAGAAGAGUAGAAUUGAAGUGAAGUUUCAUUCCAUGAUGAAGAGCCUCCUCAUCUUCACCCUCUCACUAAUAUCAGGUCCAGUGGGCUGUGUUGUGACUGGAUACACAGGAGGAAGCAUCAUUAUAAUCUCUGAUCUAAAAUGGGAUUUCAGAUAUAUUAGAUAUAUUUGUAAGAAAGAAAGAACAUCAUGCACUGAUAUAAUACGUACUGACACCACAAAGAAUUCUGUUCAAGAGGGAAGAUUCAUGCUGUAUGAAAAUACAAGAGGAUUUGUGACAGUUUUAAUCAGGGGUCUGGAGCCACAGGAUGCUGGAACAUACAGAAUGGGAGUAGGAAGUUGGUUGAGUACUGAUGUGACACUGACAGCUACUAAUGAUUCUUGUUGUCCUGGGCCAAAAACAAUGCAUGCUUUUCCUGGACAGAAUAUCAGCAUCAUCUCUAACUAUCCUGUGGUAUACGACAGACACUACAAGUAUAUCAUGAAACUUGACAAUGGCAGUGUUUUAAAUGACAUUGUAGAUACUCACACCCAAUCCCAGAACAACAGAUUCUCCAUUUCUGAUGACAGAAAUGCUAAAGUUCUCGGUCUGAGCAUCAGUAAUGUGACAGAAGCUGAUGAUGGAGUUUAUUUAUGUGGAGUCUUCAACAGAAUGAACUCAGUAGAGUAUUUUUCCUUCUUCACAGAGAUUCAGCUGCAUGUUAGAGCCAAAUCAUGGACAGAAAUCUCAUCUGAUAGAACGAAUUUCAAAUCUUCCAGUACCAUGAUCAUCAUCAUCAUUGUGUGUGUCUGUGUGGCUCUGCUGCUGAUUGGCGGAUUUACACUGAUGGCCUACAAAAUGAGACACAUGAGAACACAAGAUUCAGCACCUUCAUCCAAAGACAAUGAACAGGUUCACCCUGGUCAAUGCAUUUACGAGGAGAUUGAUCAGACCACACAUGUUUCUGCAACAGACACCGAACUUUAUAUGGAUGUUACAUCACACAGUCCUGAUACACAGAUCUCCUCCACGGUACCACCACCACAAGAACAAAAUCUCACUUACACCACUGUGAGUUUCCAGAAGAAUCCAGAUGAUGCUGCAAUCACCUUCAGAAAGGAGGAAUCUACAACUGAGUACGCCACUGUCCAGCACACCUCAACAGUGGAAUAAUUAACGAAUCAAUGAUUAUGCUUUCACCAAAAUGUGCUUUCAACAAAAUAUUAAUUAUACAAUGUCUUAGAUUUAUGAAAUUUAUAUAAUUUUUUGUAACUAAUACCUUUUUUUUGUCUGUUUGUUAGUGUUGUCAAAUAACAAAUAAAUGCCACCUGCUAUGACAUUAAA